UUUUAUGUUUAUGUAGAAAAUAAUAACUACUGUUCAAUAUUUCAUGAAAAGAUGGUUAACACCAGACAUUCUGUCAGUAAUUCUCAUGAAGAUGAAGAAUUAAAAAGUGUAAAUGGAAAUUGUGUUGAUAUUGGUGGCAGAAAAAUAGAUAAAGAAGAAGAUUUACCGCUUGAGGUAGAUAAGUCGAAAAAAUCCAAGCAAUCAAAUGAACUGUUUGAGAGUUUUAAUUAUCAAACGCGAAGUAUGAGACAUCAAGAAAGAUCAUUAGAUCGAGUUGGAAUGUCCCGUCGCUCUUUGAAACAUGUUCCUGCUUUAAGUUUUUCUUCACAUGGAAGUAAGAUUGUUAGAAGAAGUGACAGAAGAACUAAAAGAGUCUUUGCAACAUUUAAUGAACAAGACAUAUAUCGAUCAAUUGAGAAAAAAAACCAAGAAAUGAUGGAUCGAGCAAGUAUGUAUGAUGUUAUUAAACGUAGGAGAGGGGAAUCAGAUACACAAGAUGAUGAAGAUGGCUCUGAUGAUGAAGCAGAAGAUAGUGAUGGGGAUGAUGAAGAGGAUGAAGCUGAAUCUCAGCCAACAUAUUGUUUGAGAAAGAAAAAACCAAAAACUAAUAAAUACCAAGCUCCACCAAUAAAUAGUGGUCGCUCGCGUAGAGAAAUUUUAUAUACUGGUUCACAUUCUCCUUUAAAAAGUUGUCGUAUCAAAAGAAUACCACAGCAUUCUACUUCACCUCAUCAUCAUCACAGAAGAAGUUCUUCAACUUCCUCAUCAGAUGAUGAGGCUAGAUUUGAGAGGAGAAAAUCAAAAAGUAUGGCAAUCAGUCGUGCAAGAUGUUUACCUAUGAACUUCAAAGAAAGUGAUUUAGUUGGGGUUUUAAAAGAUAGAGGCAGGUCAAGAGAAGGCAGUAAAUUAGGUUCAAGCCUUGCUGAUGUCGAUCCAAUGAACAUUGAUACAAAAACUUCAUUUGAUGACAUUGGUGGGCUCGACAGGCAUAUUCGAUCAUUAAAAGAAAUGAUUGUAUUUCCUUUGCUUUAUCCUGAAGUAUUUGCUAAAUUCGGUAUUAAUCCGCCUAGGGGUGUAUUGUUUUAUGGCCCUCCAGGGACUGGAAAAACAUUAGUUGCUCGUGCUUUAGCUAAUGAGUGCAGUCGUGAUGGUCAAAAAGUUGCUUUUUUUAUGCGUAAGGGAGCAGAUUGCCUAAGCAAGUGGGUUGGAGAGUCUGAACGUCAACUAAGACUACUGUUUGAUCAGGCAUAUUCUAUGAGGCCAUCAAUAAUAUUUUUUGAUGAAAUUGAUGGAAUUGCACCUGUGCGUUCAACUCGGCAGGAUCAAAUUCACAGUUCUAUUGUAUCUACACUUCUUGCUCUUAUGGAUGGUCUUGAUGCACGUGGAGAAAUAGUUAUUAUUGGUGCUACAAAUCGCUUGGAUUCUAUUGACCCUGCAUUAAGAAGACCAGGUCGAUUUGACAGAGAGUUUCUGUUUGCGCUUCCAGAUAAAUGUGCUCGAGAAAAAAUCCUUACAAUUCACACUGCUGAUUGGCACCCAAAACUUUCUCCUGCAUUUAUUAAGGAAUUAGCAGAAAAAUGUGUAGGGUAUUGUGGUGCAGAUAUUAAAGGACUUUGCACAGAGGCUGCUUUGUUAGCUCUUCGUAGACGAUAUCCCCAAAUCUACAAGACAAAUAAAAAACUUCUCCUUAACACUAAGGAGAUCAAGAUAUUAUCAACUGACUUUAAAAAUGCAAUAAAGCGUAUAACCCCCACAUCUGCACGAUCAUCACUUGUAAUAUCAAGAGCGCUUCCUUCAGAAGUAAAGCCUUUACUGGGCAAUUGUGUUACCAAAAUAUUGGAACUUUUAAAUACUAUUUUUCCUGAUGGAAUGCAUAAUAAUGCAGCAGAUUCUGAUGAAAGUGGUUGUAGUGAAAGUGAAGAUAUAUUUGAGCAUUCUAUAUACAAUCAUUGCACAUCAGAUUUUUCGGCAUCCUCUAAUAAUUAUACAUUUUUUAACAAAAAAGCUUCAUACAAAUCACGGUUUUUAGUAUAUGGCCAUUCUGGUAAUGGACAGUCGUCUUAUAUAUGCCCUGCUUUACUUCAUUCAAUGGAGCAUUUGUCAUCAUAUAGUAUUGACCUUGCUUCAAUUACUGGCAAUUCUUCUCGAACUCCUGAAGAAGCUAUUUCUCAAAUUUUUCUUGAAGCUAGAAAAUCUGUACCAAGUGUUAUCUAUUUACCUCAUAUAGAUGUUUGGUUUAGUGCAAUUUCUGAUAUAGCUUGUGCUACAUUUUUGACUUUGUUAAAUGAUACUCCUAGCGAUCUUCCUAUACUUUUAUUGUCAACCACUGAAUUAAUUUGGUGUAAUCUACCUAAAAAGAUUCAAAGUAUUUUUUCAAAGGAAACACAAACAUUUCAUGUUCCAUUUCCAUCGGAUACUGAAAGAUACGAUUAUUUCAAAGAUACGUUUUUAAUUCAUGCUUUAAAGAAAUACGAAAAAAGUUUUAAUAAAAUAGUUUUAAAUGAAGUUUUGUUAGAAGCCCCACCGCCCUCUAAACCUAGAGAACUUUCUGCAAAAGAAGCAAUACUUUUGCAAGAAAAUGAAGAAGCUACACUUCGAAAAUUAAGAAUUUUCUUAAGACAAGUCACAUGGAAACUUUUGGCUGAUAGAAAGUUUAAAGAAUUUUCAAAACCAGUUGACUUAGAAGAGGUUAACGACUAUCUUGAGGUAAUAAAAGAACCAAUGGAUUUGUCCACAGUGAUGACUCGUAUCAAUUCACACUACUACGAAUCUUGUGCACAUUAUCUAAAAGAUAUUGAUUUGAUUAUGAGCAAUUGUUUAGAGUACAAUCCUGACAAAGAUCAGUUUGAUAAGUUAAUGCGAAACCGUGCAUGUGAAAUGAAAGAUUAUGCCUAUGAACUCAUAUAUGAUGAUUUAGAUCCAGAGUUCGAGAAGUUAUGUCUUGAAAUCAGUGAAUCAAGAAAAAAGAGAGGUUUUGUACCCAAUGGUCCUGCUUUUAUGAAAGUAAUGCCGCAAUAUAAAAGAUCAAACAAUAUUAACAACCAGUCUUUAUUAGAAACAGUUAAUACACCUGAUAAGAACUUUAUUCCUGACCCUACUGGAUCCAGGUUUAGUCAUCGUGUUCGAGGAUUGAACGAUACAAUAAAUGUUGAUUUAAAUACACUUAAUGUCAUAGAAGGAAGAAAAAGGAAGCUACAUCCAAAAAGAUCUUUUGAUAAAGAAUCAGAAACUGAAGCUAAACAAUUAAAGUCUUCAGUAAAUGGCGAAAUAAAAGAUUCAACUAAAGUGCUUGAUUCAAUCAGAAAUAAUGAUAAAUGUUUACCUCAAUUAUCUGAAUUAAAGCAGGAUUCCAUUUUAUUACUAACGCAGCUUGUUGAUGGUACAAAAUAUUGGAAUAUUGACCAACUAGAAGAACUUUUUGCACGGCUUAAGCGUUGCAUAGUUAAACACAAAAAAGAAGAAGACAGAGAUCUGGUUAUCAAGAGUCUUAAAGACAUCGUGGAUAGCAUCUAUACAAUAUGAAGAAUAUUUUACAAAUUAUUGUUUUUUAAUUCGCGUGUUAUUAUAGUUAAAAAUGUACUUAAUUUAUUCGUACAAAUGUUUUUGUUUAUAAAAUUCUUUUGCUUACA